AUGGUUUCGCCAACCAUGCCGCCAUCCCUUGACUCUCAGGCAUCAGGAGGCGCGGGGGGCGGACCACCGGCGGCCAGUUUCUUGGACGUUGGCUGUUAUGACGGGGGCAGACGCGCGGCGAACGGCGACAGCACCACCGUGCUCCCGCCCACGCCCAUCGACGGAAAGGUCGGUGGCAGCAGCGCAUCUUUCCUGGAGUUCCCGCACAAACCGGCGGCGUUUGAGGCGUCUACAAAGGAGAACGAGUUGAUUGACGAGCUCCUAGGGCAGCUCGAGGCCGAGGAAGCCCCCGUCGAAGCUCAGCAAGACCCGCAGCAGGAACAGAAGCCGCACAAGCAGCUUACCCACCCGCCGAAAAAGAAGGUCAAGGUUAACCAGAUCUCCGGUCCCGAUCAGGCCGGCCCGGAUCACGGGCUCCGGCGCCUUUGGAACCAAGCAGCUCCCCUCCCCUCCUCUCAGGCCGUCGCCGGGGCCUCCCGCGAUGCAGCGUCCGCGUCCCGUCCGCCAAGACCGGGCUCGUUGAACCCGGCCAUUACCGCAGGGCAGAGGGUCGUUAGCGCAGCUGCUGCUUCCGCGGCGGCGGCGGCGACGACGACAACGGAGGCUGCGGCUGCGGCUGCGGAGGCGGCGGCGGCGGCAUCGGCAUCGGCGUUGGUCACGGCCACCGGGCGGGCGCGCGUUGCUGCCACUGGCUCCACCGUGCAGCAAGAGCAGCAGCAGCAGCAGCAGCAGCCCCGCCCCUUGACGCGCAUCAAGUCGAUAAACUCGAACGGCAACGGCAGCUGGCGCCGGCUCCUGAACCAUCGCAGCUCGUUCAUCCUGGAGGACGGCGGCGACGCCUGCGGCCCCGGGGGGGGGCUGCUUACCUCUUGCUCCUCUUGGAGCGAACGCGGCGGCGGCGGUGGUAGUGGCGACGGCGUGUCGCGGGCGCAGUCGCCGGUCUUCGAGAUCAACGACGUCGCCUCGGAACCCUUUGGGGAAGACGCUGCCCUCGCGACCGCCGCCGCCGGUCCGGUCCAGCAGCGGGGCUUCAAAGGUAGCGCAGGCGGUCUCGGUCCGGUGACGGAGCCCCUGCAGAGCGUGACCCUCGUCAAGACCCUCCCUUACGGGAUCGCGGACUGGCUGCUGCCGGCAGGCGCGACGCCGAACGGAGACCUGCUCGAAGCCGUCUCGGGGGUCCCGGCAGCUGGGAUGUUGACGGCCGCCGACCACCACGGGGCUGUGCCUCCACUCGCCGGCGGCGGCGGUGCCGUGAGCUGCGGCGUUGUCACCGGCGGCGACUAUCAGUUUUGAGGUUGGUCGUUCGCGCGUUGGUUGGUUUCGAGCGAGAUUUUAAGUGGCAGCGGCUGUGCACCGCGCUGGUGGUUUUGGUCGGGCGGGGGAAUGGAGCAGGUUGCCUGUCUGCAUGGCCAUCGAGCGUCGGGGUCUUGCUCGCAGUGCCCAAGGGGUCGUGCCAUAUUCUUGGCUGAUCCUCAGUCCGCAUGUUCCUGCUCACCGGAGUUGAAACGACCCGUCGUCUUGUCGAUCUCAGUUAUUCAAAUACACUCGCUUUUUUUUGGGGGGGAUGUGAUGAACAAGCCUGCUUCAUUCAAGCUUUGUGCUCAUGCGGCAACCUUCUUGCAUUACGUGUUCAGCAGCGACCGAUUUCAGCGUCGAUGCUCGUGGUAUUUUUCGUGUAGAUUUCAUCUUUCAGUGACGUAUAUUGCACAAGAAACUCUUCCGCAGUGAUGUGUGCCAUACCUUUGCGCUAGUCUCGCGCUGUUGUUGUAGCACUUGGGGUGAUAAAGUUAAUGCACGUUGUUGGUGGCGGAGUGUCUUGCCAAGACCAAUCAACGCAUGCUAUUUAGAGGUACUUGCGUGAUCCCUUUCCGGCCUCUUGCAUUGUACGACCUGGAGUCGUUUCUUUGGUUGUGGUGUGCAACGUUUCUACACUAUCUACAUGUUGUCAGAGAGAUGGGUUGCAUACCUUAGGCCUUGAACACAGAGAGGCGAGGCAUGACAAUAUGUUGAAUUGUUGGUCAUAGAGGUUGGCCCAUGCCUUCUCGUGAGGGUGAUGGUAACGGAGGGUAUAGGGGUGGGGCGGGUACUUCGUGAAUGAUAUGUAACGGGAAGGGGGGGGGGGGUCUAAGCAUUACCGUGCUCCCUGGUGGAAGGUGGUGCUACAGAAGACACCGCCGUUUCGUCGACCGGCAGGACUUUUCGGGCUCGGGUUCCGUUCCAUUUGCCCCCGGCACUAUUAUUCUGUGCGGCAAUGAAGACUGUUCUACAGGGCUUCGACGCGUGACGUUCUUCAGCCGGCUAAUCGACUCCGGGCGGUGCCUUCGCCACAAACCGGGGGCAUGCUUCCCCGCGGAACUUGCAGUAGUACUUCUAUCAGUUUCGAAAUAAUAUCAUCGCAUAUCGUCGUUGGUUGAUUUUUCCCGGCGGUUUCAUCGCUGGUUUCUCGAGGGAAACGUCGUUAUUGUCUGGCCAUAGAUGGAAAUUGAGUUUGUUUCCCCUGUCUCCUCCUUUUGUAAGUCUUGUGUCUGGUAGCUAUGGCUGCUGUGGAAAAUAGUUGUGGCAUCUUAUUUGCCUGGGGCACAAUGUAGCUUGCCUGCCGUGUCUGUUUGUCUUACGUCGGUUUGUCCAUCUCUUGUCGGCCUGUGAUUGUUCAAUUAUUUGUUUUUCUUGUCGAUAUGUGUCUACGAUUGUGCAGAGCUGUGGGUACGAGAGCGUUCCGCGUGAAGAAGGUGCCUUAUGUAAUUGAGUGCUGUGUCGCGUGUUCUGUAGAGCUGUCCCAAUUUGAGUGUGUUUUCGAACGUGUUGCAGAAAGGAAGAGACGGGAGGCAGAUGAUAUUUCGCCGCUUCUCGGCUUGUUCGUGCAGUGCAUUUGGGGCAUGGAGCCUUGCCCUGGUUGCCAAGGCGUUAUAUUUGCGAAGGUACUGGGGGGAAUGUUUCUUGAAACGUUCAGCGACGAGUGACAUGGUUUCGACCCUGAUUGUGUGUGUGUUUUUUUUCGUCAUGUGUUGGACGCACGGCCUUAUCCUUGAGGGGUACAUGGAUGAGGGGGGGAUUGUGCCAGGUUUUGUGCAUGCAUUGUUGUAAGCAGGACACCUUCCAAUACGGAUUCCACAGUACAUGUUGUCAGGGGGGAACAACCGGCUUUUUCCAUUUUUUGGCCGCGGUACCACGCCCACGGUGUUUGUACCACCUGUUGCCCCCUUGACGAUGUAAUGUAACCCUAACCCUGAUCGUAGGCGUCGACUGGCUGCAAAACGAGCCACGCAAGACGGUUCGAAAAUCUGUUUUGCACCACCGACCGUACUUGAGAAAAAGGGGCGGGUAUUGGGGGUGUACAAGAGCAGGGAGGCACUUACCGGGAGAGAUUCCGCAGCAGCGGCCGACGGGGCAUGGGGUGGUGACGUCGGCAGUUUCACGUGGGUAUGUUUCCCUUUAGUUCUGUUGUAGGCGGGGGGGGGGUACAGACGUUGUCUUGCUAGUCUCAGGAAUUUAGACUGAUUGAUUCAAGCGAAAUGUCAGCUUGGGCUCACCAGCAGUACACACUCAUUCCUUCUCGUCUGUACUAUCUAGUAUGUUUCGGUAGCUGUUUCCCAUAUGUUGAAACUUGCGUUGUUUGUUUUGGGUGCUGAGGGUGAAGACCCGGGUCAACCUAGUAGUGCUGAAGUCCUCUCUCCGUGUUUAUCUCCGUGUUUCUGGUUUUCGUUUCGACUUGUUUGCGACGUAAAGACUGUUCUGCCGGGUGCGCUCUCUCUCUCUUUGUAGGUCCCCCCAAGUACUUGUUUUCGCAAAUCCCUGUGUAUUGAUAGGCAAUCCCGACCAUCGAACGAAAGUCAAAGAGGUUCCGACCCUCUUGCAAGACGACAAAGACGAAAGCCUAGCCUAGGCUGCUGCCGCCAAUUGCGGAGUUCAAACUGCCCGUAGCAUACUGGAGAUUAGGGUUUAGACUGAAGGCAGUUAUGUUUCUUAGGAAAUGUCGCGAUGUUUGUCGCCGUUUUCUCUGGAUGGAACUGUUCUAGCUGCUUUCCUCGUCUUUCUACUUUACAACAUGUGCGUUUGUUCGGGUGUUGCAUGCGAUGUUUGCUUCGAGUGUCGAACGUGGUGAACAUGUGUCGACAGGCGCAGACUGACGGCCAGGGUGGUUGGGAUGAAAACGCGCGCACUGAGACUGACGUCUUCUAUUGGUCAGCCGGUUUCCGCGGUCGACGCCAAUAACAAAAACGCACACGAAGGCGUCACGUGCUGUGUCGUCGGAGGUGUGUAUGAAGUGCAGUAUGGGAAUCGUUGGAGCAUGUACCAGGAGUCGGACAACUACGAUCUAUCCGGUAGAUACAUAAGGUUUGGGAUCGGAUUUUGAUGUGCGGUGUGCUACUGUAGCUAGGUAGCGUCUGGGUGGCCUGACUUAUUUCACUGACUGGCUCGGGUAUCAGGAUAAUAAUAAUUAGCCAUAACCUCGUGGCAGUGUGUAUUCGACCGACCAUGACGUGGAAGAUUGAAAGUCGUGUUGGGGGAUUUCAUCUAACAAGCCGUUUUCGUCGUAGUGUACCAUGUUCCUCAUCUGUGAGC